AUGGCGACUCCCGCUGGUCGCAAACGCGUUGUGUAUGACGAUCUCGACGCGACGCAUCUACCAGUAGCACCGGCCAUGCUGAAUUUUGGGCAUGCUGCCAACGCCACACUGAUGCACGGCUAUAACGGCAGAACCAGCAGCGGGCCAACGGUAAAUGCAGCAGUAAGUUGCGGAGGAGCUGGCAACAGAAGUUUUCACAUAUUUGGCGAGGCCGAUGCCCUAGCGCUGGGUGGACAGUUCAACCCGGAUGCAAUUAUUGGCGGCAAGAAACGAUUAGCACAGGGUGAAGCAAUAGAUGAGCAAAUGAGCAAGAAGCGCAAAAGACCAUCAGAAGCCGUCUCUGUGAACUAUGCUUCAAAUGGAGGUCCAUUGCAUAGCAAGAAGCAGCCGGCGGAAGAUUGCGAGGACGAUUUGGUAUCCACGCCUGCAAGGCGGCCGCCGUCUGCAAGUACGCGCAGCACGACAGCUGCUACAUCUGCCGCGUCCAAGGCACCACCCAUUCGGGUGGGUAAGGUCUAUUCAUCUCCGGCCCAGACUGCUGGGCCAUCGCAGCCAAUUCGCAAUCCCGCCUCCUCUCCCAUACCGGGAAGCAGCAGCAGCAGCAACUGCAGUCGCUCAAAUGCCCUUGCCGCUUCAAAAGUAGCCCACAAGCACGCUGCGGUUCUCUCGGCAGCCGCUGCCGCUCUGCUUCCACCAGGCACAGAAGCUGGAUCCUUGCUGGUGAAAGAGGGAGCAGCAGAUGACGCGGAGGAAGAGGACGUGGACGAGAUGGAUCUCUUCCAGGUGGAGACAACGGCUGAUCUACUCAUGCAGCACCAGGCUGAAGCUGCUAGCAACGGAAAAGCGAAAGGGAAAACGUCGAAUGCUGUGGCUGCUGCAUCUGGAAGCACUGGAGCGCAGGUAGGCAUGCAGAGGAAAGAGUGGAAGGAAUAUGAAAACGAAGAAUGGGACGAUGAGGUCGCAUUGGGGUCCCGGCAUGAACCUCACGCUUCAGGCCAGCAAAAUUCAGGAGAACCCGAAGAGGAGGCAGGGGAGGAGGCAGGUGCGAUGGACGAAGAGGACAAACCAAGACCCAUUGCAGAGGGAGAAGUGCAUGGUGAAGAGGGCGCAUGGGAAGAGUGGGCAGGUGAAGAAGUGGAAGAUUUUCCGGGAGUCGAAGAAGAGCAUGAAGACGACGACAACGAUGGCGAUGGCGAAGAGCUGGAUCCCACUGCGCUCAACUGGGCUGAGCUUUCCAAUCCGCAAAUCAUCGGUUCUUCCCACUCCACGCAACGCGGCAAAGGGCGCAUAUUGACGCACGCUGAAGUGUGGGACGACUCUGCGCUUGUGGACGCAUGGGAUGCGGCGCAACAAGAGUACGAGAUGUACCACUCGCGCCGCAAAGCCGCGCUUGCUGCCCAAGCCGCCGCUGCGGCUGGCGGGCCCGGGCGGGCGGGCGGCGCGGGUAAGCUCAGCGCAUUGUGGCACGAGUCGGCCGACCCUGACUCGGCGGUGGCCAAGGAGGCGGAGCGUGCAGCGGAAAUUGCGCAUCAGCAGCUGCUGGACGCUGCCAAGUUGAAGCGCACGGCUGCCAAGACGAAGCAAAAAGAAGAGGCAAAUGCGGAGGCACAGAAACAUCUGAUGACGGAAGAUGAUCCAGUUUGGCAGAAUGCCUGCUCGGUCGUCGAGCGCACGCCCAACUUUCAACAUUGGACGCCUAUCGGAGAGUCACACCACACAAGCCAACGACACCACCCGCACCCAUACCAUCCUGCUCCGUCGCCCACACAGCCGCUCCAUGCCCCUUUCUUAACAUCGAUGCCAUUCGGCCCAGGAGCCGCAGACGCCGCCGCUGCUUCCGUACGGCCUCAUCCUCAGUCCAGAGAGGAUCUGCUGCAAAAUGUCAUUAUGGCUUGGUACUGGGCGGGAUACUAUACAGCCGUGUAUUCUUCUCAGCCUGCGGAGCCCGAGCAAUGA